AAUGGUACUGAUGAACAGCAAGUAAAUGAAUGAAUGUCUGGAAACGAGCAAUAUCUAUGAAAUUUUUGGUGGAGCCUGUCAUCAAGUAGGUGCUUAAUGGCUGUAUGCAAGAGGUUUAUAGGUAAAAACACACGCAUACAUCCAAAAAUGAACCUACCCGCUGACAAUCCGGCAAGCAACCUUCCAAGGAUAAGCAUCUCAACACUACCAGCAGGCUUGCAAGAGAAGAACAUUACGGCAGCCAUUGCAGCCAAGGCAGCGCAUAUCACCAAGACGCUCUUUCUGCCCAACCGGGCGGCCAGUGCAGAGCCGCCCAAUGACCCUACGGCCGCCCCCAAUAUGAACGUGCACACCACUGUGGACCAUACUAUGUUCAGGGCACAUGGGGAUGGAUAAUCGCCAUAGUGGGCGAAUAUACUUUCGUUGCAGAAUUGUCGGAUGAUCUGAAAUUGGAACAUUUAUAAAAACGACUUCAAACGAUUAAAUAGUUUGUUCUUGUAAAAUAGCUAAAUGCAAUCUCUUUCAUACAAAAAAGAAAUAUCAAAACCUGUUCACCCCUCGUUCAUCCAUUU